AUGGCGGAUUACACUGUUGCUGGCCCUUCGAGCGCUGCCACUAAUGGCAAUAACAUGAACGGCUCGGGAGAUUCCGGCUUUUCCCAGACCGCGCCGAUGUCUACCACUUCCAACGAAGCGGCAAAGACCCUGUGGAUGGGCGAAAUGGAGGGCUGGAUGGAUGAGAAUUUUAUUAAGAACGUUUUCCAGACCGUCUGCAGCGAGAACGUCCAGGUCAAGGUCAUCCGCGACCGCACCUCCGGCAAUGCCGGAUAUUGCUUCGUCGAGUUCUCGACGCCCGAGGCCGCACAGAAGGCGCUGAACUUGAACGGAAACCAAGUUCCUGGCUCGUCCCGGGUCUUUAAGUUGAACUGGGCUUCGGGCGGUGGCCUGGUAGACCGUCGCGAUGACCGCGGCCCGGAGUAUUCCAUCUUCGUUGGCGACCUUGGCCCUGAGGUCAACGAAUACGUUCUGGUGUCGCUUUUCCAGUCGCGGUUUCCGUCUUGCAAGUCGGCCAAGAUCAUGACCGACGCCAUGACUGGCCAGUCGCGCGGUUACGGAUUCGUCCGUUUCAGUGACGAGGGCGACCAGCAGCGCGCCCUGAUUGAGAUGCAGGGCGUGUACUGCGGAAAUCGGCCCAUGCGCAUCUCGACCGCGACUCCGAAGACACGCUCGCACGGCGGCUAUGGCCAGGCUCAUGGCGGCGCAAACCCCAUGAUGCAGGCCAUGCCUGGUCCGGGAGCUAUGUGGGGUGUGCCUGGCCCGUACUACGGCCAAGGCGCCUUUAACCACCCCAUGCAACCGAUGAACCAGUUCACGGACCCGAACAACACCACCGUGUUCGUCGGGGGCCUCUCUGGAUACGUUACGGAGGACGAGCUCCGUUCCUUUUUCCAGGGAUUUGGCGAGAUCACCUACGUCAAGAUCCCGCCUGGAAAGGGCUGCGGAUUUGUCCAGUUCGUUCAUCGCCAUGCGGCCGAGAUGGCCAUCAAUCAAAUGCAGGGGUAUCCCAUCGGAAACUCCCGCGUCCGUCUUUCCUGGGGCAGGUCCCAAAACAACUCGGGUGUCGGUACCCCGUACCGCCCGGCUCCCCCGCCGCCCCAUUACCAGAUGGCCCCCGGCGGCAUGCCGCCCCACCCGCCUCAUGGCCCCGCUGGACCCGGCGGCCCUUACGGUGGUCCGCCCUUUGGUGGGAACCCUCCUCAGGGCCCUCCUCCCGGCCCUAUGGCCUAA